GAUCUAAACCCUAAUCCGGUCCUCCCUCGAUAAAUAAGACUUCUUGAUGCGUCUUCUCACUUCAACCUGAACCAGGCCAGCGGCGGAUGGAUAAGAUCGAGCACUCUUUCCUCAACGUCAACGGCCUCUCCCUCCACGUAGCUCACACCGGAAACGGGGAGAAGGGCGCCGUUCUUUUCCUCCAUGGAUUUCCCGAGAUCUGGUACUCUUGGAGGCACCAAAUGCUCGCCUUCGCCGCCGCCGGCUUCAAGUGCAUCGCCCCUGACAGCCGCGGCUACGGCCUCUCCGACCAGCCGCCGGAGCCAGAGAGCACCGCUUGGGACGACCUCGUCGCCGAUCUCGCAGCCAUCCUCGACCUCCUCUCCAUCCCCAAGGUUUUUGUGAUCGGGAAGGAUUUUGGCGUGAUGCCGGCGUAUGGUCUCGCUCUCCGGCACCCGCACCGUGUCCUGGCCGUCGUCACUCUGGGAGUUCCCUUCAUCGCCGGAGCCUUGCAAACGGAAACGCUUCCCGAGGGCUUCUACGUUCACCGGUGGCGGGAGCCAGAUCGGGCGGAGGCAGACUUCGGUCGGUUCGAUGUCAGAAGAGUCAUCCGCACCAUAUACAUUCUCUUCUCUCGGAGUGAGAUUCCGAUAGCCGAGCCGGGGCAGGAGAUCAUGGACCUUGCAGAUUCAUCCACUCCUUUGCCGCCAUGGUUCACCGAGGAAGAUCUCAAUGCCUAUGCCGCUCUCUACCAGAAGUCCCAAUUCAGAUUUCCACUCCAUAUCCCAUACAGGUCAUUACAUAAGUCAGCAGCGGGAGAGAAUCCAUUAAUUGAAGUUCCUGCAUUGCUGAUCAUGGGAGAGAAAGACUACGUGUUGAAAUUUCCAGGAAUGGAGGAAUAUAUCAGGGGUGGUAUGGUGAAGCAGUUCGUCCCCAAACUGGAAGUAGUGUAUGUCCCUGAAGGUUGCCAUUUCGUUCAGGAGCAGUUGCCUGACCGAAUCAACGACCUUAUCCUCGACUUCCUUGGAAAAUCAGGUCAAGCUUAAUGUGUAGGAGGGUGUUGCUUUCUCCCCGCGACUUUAAAUAAUGCUGGAAUGAUGUGUUUGAUAUUUUUAAUGCUAAAAUAUCCAUAUUCUAGAGUUACUCGGGCAGUUAUGAAGUAGCUGUUAUCAUGUAUAAUGAGUAAUUUUCAAAUAAUUGUUGAAAAUUCACUUACGGUUAUGUUAUUUAAUGUUGUUUGAUUUAAAUAAUGAGUAAUUUUUAUAUAA